AUGGCCCACAAAGUUAGGAAAAUAAAUGACUCAUUGAAUAAGAUUAAGAAUGAAGCUAUAGGUUUUGGACUUCAAGUCCUGUCUAGAGAUAGAAUAAUGCCUCAAAUGGACUUGGAUCAAGUGACAGACUCGGUCCUAGACAACCCAGUUGUGGGGAGAGAAGCUGAUGUCUUUAAAAUUGUGAAUUUGCUGAGUUGUUCGAGUGACCAACAAGUUCUUACCAUUGUACCCAUAGUGAGCAUGGGUGGUCUUGGAAAGACAGCCUUGGCUAAACUGGCGUGUCAAGAAGUAAUAGAAAAAAGGCUUUUUGAUCUUCAAAUAUGGGUCUGUGUCUCUGAUCACUUUGAUUGCGCAAGAAUUUUAGGGGAAAUGCUACAAACUCUCAAUGCAAAUACGGGUGGGAUGACCAACAAAGAUUCAAUACUUCAACAGCUUGAAAAGGAAUUGGAGAACAAAAAGUUUCUACUUGUUCUUGAUGAUGUUUGGAAUAAUGAAUCUGAGAGGUGGAAUGAGUUGAAGACUCGUUUGAUAAGAAUUAGUAGAAACAGUGGAAAUGCUAUUCUUGUCACAACUCGCAGCGAGAAAGUGGCAUCAAUAGUGGAGACUUCUACUCAUUGUAGUCAUACACUGAAUUUGUUGUCUGAUGACGAAUGUUGGUCUAUUAUGAAGGAAAGGGCAUUUGGAAGUGAACCAAUCCCCUUAGACUUGGAGUGCAUUGGAAAGGAGAUUGCAAAAAAAUGUGGAGGAGUGCCAUUAGUUGCAAAAGUUUUAGGUGGGACGAUGGGUUUGAAAAGGGACAAGGAAGCAUGGUUGUCAAUUAAAAGUAAUAACGUUUUGAAUGCAUCAGAUAAUAAGGAUAACACUGAGUCUAUACUAAAAUUGAGUUUUGAUCACUUGCCUCCAUAUUUGAAGUCAUGUUUUGCAUACUGUUCAAUUUUCCCAAAGGAUUUUAGGAUUAAAAAAGAAGAAUUAAUUCAGCUUCGGAUGGCCGAAGGUCUUCUUGGGUUAUCUAAUGAAGAUGAGGGCAACAUGUAUUAUAAUGCCUUACUUCAAAAUUCCUUGUUCCAAGAUGUGGAAAGGGAUGAAUUUGGGAAUAUUAUAGCAUGCAAGAUGCAUGACCUUGUGCAUGAUCUUGCGUUGUCUCUUUCAAAGUCUGAAACAUUGAAUUUGGAAAACUGUUCCAUUGGUGAUGACAUAUCAUGCGUUCGUCGAUCAUAUGUAGAUAGUCAAAAUGCAACAAUUUUAAUGGCAGUUUCAAAAGGUAAUGUUAAGAAGUUGCGUAGUUUAUUCAUAAAAGAUGAUGUCUUUGAUGAGUCGUGGAAGAUGAAAAGCUUGCAAGCUCUAAACUUGAAUGGUGCUUAUAUUGAAAAGUUGCCUUCUUCAGUUGGCAAGUUGAAACAUUUGAGAUAUCUUGACAUCUCAUGGACUGAUAUCAAAGUGUUGCCUGAAUCCAUCACCAAGCUCUACAAUUUGCAAACAUUGAUAUUCCUUCGGUGCUAUUCACUUAAGGAGGUUCCUAGAAAUAAAAUAUGCAAUUUGAUUAGCUUGAGGCAUAUUGAAUUUGAUGACGAUGACCAUAUGCCAUCUAUGAUGGGGAGUUUAACCUGUCUCCAAACACUGCGAUUAUUUGUUGUGGGUCCAAAUAGGGGAGGUAGCAUUCAAGAACUCGAAUUCUUAAACCAGCUAAGCGGGGAGUUGGAGAUAAAGUAUCUUGAGGAGGUGAGAGACAAAGAAGAAGCUAAGAAAUCAAAUCUACAGGGGAAAACAAAAUUAAAAGCCUUGCGAUUUGUAUGGAGUUAUAGAGCGGUAAUCAGCAGCAAUGAUGAGCAGGUGUUGGAAAGUCUUGAGCCUCACCCAAAUAUAGAGAGAAUAAGAAUAUAUAAUUAUUUGGGUGAAAAGUUUCCGCCGUGGCUGUAUAUGAUGAAAAUUCUGAGUGAAGGUGAUUCUUUCAUAGUAUUUGAUAAGUUGAUGGAACUUCAUUUGGUGGACUGUAAAUGGUGUGAUGAACUCCCUAGGUUGGGACAUCUUCGUCAUCUUAAAAUGCUUGAAAUAGGAGGAAUGCAUAAGAUCAGCUGUAUAGGGAAUGAAUUCUAUAGCAUUGACGGAAGAAACACAAGCCAUGCAGGGAGACUGUUUCCAGCAUUAGAGCAAUUGUCUAUUUAUGAUAUGGAGAGUUUGGUUGAAUGGAAGGCACCACCAGUAGAUGAAGGAGGCGAAUCAUCUGUUUUUUCUUGCCUUGAAGAAUUGUCCAUAUUUAUUUGUCCUAGGUUGAGAAAAAUUCCAUUAAGCAAUCUUUCAUUGCUUCGACGUCUGAGUAUCAAAGCUUGUAAUGAAUUAUUAUUUGAUGAAGUACACUCCUUCCCAUCUCUUAAAAGCAUUACAAUCGGAGAGUGUAGUAAAUUAACAUAUCUUCCAAGUGGGCUGAAGUCCUCCACUUCUCUGGAAUCAUUGGAAAUAUAUAGUUGCGAAGGGCUGACAUCUAUUUCCAAAUAUUUAGGCGAAUUGCAUUAUCUUAAUAAUUUACAAAUAAUGGAGUGCCAAAAUUUUAGUUAUUUUCCAGAGACCAUAUUAGCCGGCCUCAGCCUCACCCGAUUGAGAAAUUUACAAGUUGGUUCAUUCUUGGAGGAGUUGGAUUCUUUCCCUUUUCUGAAUUCAAUCCAAGAGCUCUCAUCCCUUGAAUGCUUAACUAUAUUUGGGGAUCAUGGAGGUAGAAUUAAGUCCCUGCCAGAUCAACUUCAAUGCCUCACUGGUCUAAACUCACUGUCUAUAUGUUCUUUCAAAGGAGUAGAAGCUUUGCCAGAGUGGUUGGGCAACCUUUUGUCUCUUCAAUUCCUUGAAAUUUGGAAUUGUGAUAAUUUGAAGUAUUUACCUACAGCUACAGCCAUGCAACGCCUCUCCAAAUUAAGGAAACUGAACAUUUUUGGAUGUUCGGUUCCUAGGGAAAAUUGUGCCAAGGGGAGUGGCUCUGAGUGGUCCAAGAUUUGUCAUAUACCAGAUACAAAUAUAUGGUGAUUACUUUUUCCUCCUCUAUUGAUGCGGACACAGAACUAGCUUUAUCUGUAAAUUCUCAGGAUGUUGUUUAUGAAUAAAUGGUGUUGGAAAUCUACGCAGGGUCGCUUGCCUUUGAUUUACCAAAGAUUAAAAAGAAAUUUCAGCAAUUCGUCAAUGAGUUUCUUGGAUUCCUUGGAUAUCUUUGGAAAUUUUGGGAUUAUAAAUCAAUCAAAUGCACAAGAUAUAGGCUAUCACAUUGCCUUUCACAUGCAAGUACCGUCUCCUGCACUUGCUGCAUUUUCCAAUUCCAUUGUUAGGUGUGACUUAUCUUAUUCAAACUCAUAUGCUAUGGUUCUUCCAUCAUUUUAUGAUAUGUUCCAUUUAUGUAAUUCUGUAUUCACUCAGAAUUUCACAAACUUUAAAAUAUAGGUUCAUCCAGCAAUGAUGAUUUCUACAAACUUCUUUUUAUGCAGUCUUUUCCAUCAUUGGGGCAUGGUUGAUAAUAUUUUCUGAAAUUCGAAGGGGGCAUGGCUGCAAUAUGAGAAAAUGAAGGUACUUUUUCCUUGGAUAAUUUAUCAUUUCCAUUCAUAAUUUAUAUUUGUACGCCUAAGUAUUCAAAUAAGAUGAUAAUUGGAUGUCAAGUGAAAUUUAUUUUGUGGAUGAAAGAUUGCAUUCUUUCUAUUAUUUGGUUGUCCUGGCAGUAGCUUUGACACUUGUCUUUCAAGAAGUUGUCAGAGUAGACACAGUGAAGCAUAAAAGAUAAUUUAUCAAAUAAUUAAUGACUAAGCUUCAAUGAUGAAAUACUUGCCCACUGCAGUUAAGUACUCUUUUUUCAUUUGAUGUCAGAAUUUAGACCAACACCCUGUUUGACAUGAUUCUCGUGCUAGAAUUCAAUUCAAAUAAUUUUUCAUUUGUUUGGAAAAAAAUAUAAAU